UGUAUCCGUGACGUCACAUAAUUAGAGUAAAUACAAAGUAGUCUUGAUGGGACAGCGGCGUGCGCCGCACCGUGAGUCGCUGGUCCGCGCGCGUCAAACCUAUAUCGUUUCGAUACACGCACACCGCGUUUGUGUAGCUCGUGAUAUAUUGCGCUAUGUGCCGUCAGUGUGUGUGUACCAAAGGAUCCUAGAUGACUGUGGGAAUAGUAAGUGACACUCGUGCAGCAAAGAAAUGGAAAAGAUAGAGUUAUUGGGCGGUGCUUGCUUCAGCCACGGCCCGUACACGUUCUACAAAGCGGUUAGAAUAGGAAAUGGUCGUGUACUUCGUCUCGGAAGCUUCUUCCUCACGAAAUUGUGGAGUGAUGCCGAUCUUGUCAGCAUCGGGGAACUUCAGCUGUUGUGGAUGGACAGCCGGGGACCGAAUCAACCUCUGGCAUCGUUGCGGUUGUACUUCUUGCCGGAGAACACCCCGGAUGGCCGAAGGGACACGCAUGGAGAGGACGAAGUGCUGACAAUAUCUGAAAAGGUUGUGGUGCGUGUUCAUGAUCUCGUUACGUGGUUAUCGCCUGCAUUGGAAUGGUCAUGGGGUCGGGAAGUAUCUUACCCACCGACCCCAACGUCGUCUCCGGAGAAUAGCCCGUUAAGGUAUGAGAUACCUCAACCGCAGGUGCUCACCGAUCCUGGCAUUGAUUUUUCGGACGUCGAUAAGCAACAGAAGGAGUACGAAAGCAAUCACAACACGCGAAAAUCGGACUAUAGUUCUCAAACGAAAGUGGUGGUGCUCUCGUAUCCCAGGUAUUGCCGAUAUCGAGCACUCUUACGUAGGCUCGAAGGCGCCGAACCGUCCUGGCUUUGCUCAUCCAUAGCAGCCGCACUGGGUGGAUUCACCGCCACACCGGGUACAAGGAUACUCUUCUGUAGAGAUACCUUUGACUAUCCGGAUCUUGAAACUCACGAACUCCUCUGCAAUCAUUUAGCACCAAAAUUGAAAGGAAGGCCGAGGAGGAAACGUAAAAAGCGCAGCGCAUCGCCCGGUGAAUCGAGUAAUGAAAGUGAAGCUUCCGUUGCAUCCACGUCGAAAAGUGCCCCAGCGAGUUCGAACGUUAUGAUACCGAGCGUUGGUAGACCACCUUCGUCGGUAGUACGGCGAAGCGAGCGGAAGACCAGCGCGGAGGAAAAGAAAUUCAUAACGGACGUGCAGAAUUUCAUGAACUCGCGGGGUACGCCUGUCGGAAAGAUGCCACUGCUGGGCUACAGGCAGAUCGAUCUCUUCCUGUUUUAUACGAAAGUCCAAAUGCUUGGUGGUUAUGAUUCCGUCAGCGCUGGUCGACUCUGGAAGAAUAUCUACGACGAUAUAGGUGGUAAUACAGGAUCUACCAGCGCCGCGACUAUCACUCGACGGCAUUACGAAAGGUUAUUGUUACCAUAUGAGAGGUAUCAAAGAGGCGAAGAAGAAAAAAUUAGACUGACACACGGAAGACGAAGUAAAAGUAGCAGUGUAUCCGAAGAAUCCGAGGACAUUAAGCAAGAAACGAACGAUUCAUAUCCAUCGGAUACGCCUCCCCCUGUAGAAACGAGUCUUACCACUACAAGCCCUCCUUUACAAUCAAUCGUAUCGACAGCGCCGUUCCUGUCGAAUGAAAAACCCAAAACAGAGACUGGAAAGACAUCGUCUCUACGUAGUGUAAGAGUGAAACCAGAACGUCUGAAAUCAUUAAAUACCAUGAUUGCCAAUAGUACACCAUCACCCAGCCAGCAAACCAGCCAACUGCCAAGUCCACCACCUUCUUCUAAUACAUCAAUUUCAACGCCGAGUAGUACACCUUCUACCACACCCACGAAUGGUACUGGAAGUCAAAGCGUGUUAGAGAGGCAGCUAAAUAGCCCUCUUAUAUCGCAACAAGUUCCACCGUCGUGUUCGCCACCGGGUCUUCCGGUAACCACAGUGGUGACGAAUGCCUCUACGGUUGUUACGUUGACGCCGCCGCCCGAGAAGGAUAUGAAAGAGAUCAAAUUAGAUCCCAAGCAAACCAGCUUGCUGGCGCAGGGCAAGGAGAACAUCCCAUUGUUCGGUGAAAAGUCAAUUUUUGCGGAGAAGGCAAUAGUGCCUCCUAGAUCGCCUGAGGUGAUCGAUCUUGAAACGGAAAGCGACACGAGUAGGGAUAAAAUAAUCAUUCCCAGCUUCAAGAAGCGCAAACUCGAAAUACUCCGCGAAGGUGGACUCGAGGUCACUGCCGUUGACUUGGAUACGCGACCGAGCGUUAUUCAAAACAAUUCUCCUGCGCCAGCAACGAUGAAAUCGGAAGAAAAGCCACCGAUAUCGUAUCCUCUUCCAGUCACGCCCAAUUCCAUUCCCAAAUUGAUUUCCGUUACUGUGACACCUGACAUAGGGCAUAUGUUAACAUCCCCUCAAGAACAUCAGCAGCAUCAUCAUCAAGCACGGUUACCAACGCCGACAAAACAACAUCCUGCUCACUACAAUAAUAACAACAACAUCACAAUGAACAACAAUAAUAUGGUGAACAGUCGUGUAAUAAAUCUUGGUACUUCUAACAACGCCGCGUUGCUACAAUUGUACGCAAACGCCAACGUCCCACCACCGGCAUCGUCGGGGUUGCAUCAAGCAAAUCAUCGUUUCGUGCCGCCAACUGUUCCUAACGGUAGGAUAUUUCCGCCCAAGGUGACACAGUCGAGGUCGAUAUUCGCACACAACGAAAAGACGGUUUAUGGAGAUCCAAAAGAAAUUCCUAUCCCUCCAAAAUAUCGUCCCUCGCUGCAUCGUUUGCAGCCGCAUCCGAUGUAUAGUAAUAACGAUCCCGUUUACGGCGGGGUUCUCGACUUAACGCAAAAAUCUAACAAGCCGACGUACCCGAGGCCGAGCUUAGAAAUAGUGAAAGUACCUGUAGUGCCGAGGCCUAAUCCAUUAAACUUGGAGAUGAGGAACUCGUCCACGCUUAAAGAAAAACCAACAGAUUGUUCGAAACGAAGUACCUUCCCUGGUUAUCAGAAUGUACUCGACAGUCGAACCAUGGCUUCGAAUAAUUUAGAAAUUACAAUCGUAAAUCCUAAGCAAAAGAGUAAUCACCUAUGUACACCGGCUCCUGUCCGCGUACCGAGUCCAUCUAGAAAUAAUUCAAUACCUAUGCAAAGAAGACAGCAAUUGAACGGCAAGUAUAUGACAAGGAGUGAACCAAUUUCACCUUAUACACCUAGGAAACCGAGUCAUCCUGUUAUACCGAAUGUACCUAAUCUAAAUCAUCUAAAUAGUGGAAAUUAUACUAGGAUGGCUACGAUCCAACAACAAAAUACGAUCGAUAGGAGAAAAAACUUAGAGAUAGGCGGUAAGGAGCAGCAUCACCAGCAUCAACAUCAUCAGCAUCACCAACACCAGCAGCAUCAUCUUCAUCAACAGCAACAUUUACAUCCUCAUCCUCAUCCUCAUCAACAUCAACAGCAUCAGCAACAACAGCAUCAACAACAUCAACAACAUCAACAACAUCAGCACCAACAUCACCAACAUCAGCAGCAACAGCGUCGAAUCAGCGAGGGCGAUAAAUCAUUAAUCGCUCAACAACAUCAGCAGCAGCACCAGCAGCAGCAGCAGCAACAACAGCAGCAGCAGCAGCAACAACAACAGCAACAACAACAACAACAACAACAACAACAACAACAGGAACCAAGGCAAACCGAAGCUGGAAGAAGACACAGUGUUCCAAGUAUACCUUCUGGUUUCGUACCUGCAGUGCCGCAAAACAAUCCAGCUUACCUUCCGCAACUGCCAAAUACGCCCGGCAAGUUCCUACCGAUUUUAGACCCCAUGUACUAUUCCACAUUCUAUAAUAGUUUAUUCCCCCCGCCGAUUCCGCCCACGGCUGCAACGUCGUUUUUACCGCCGGAAUUUAGUGCAUACUAUAAAGAAUUACUUGCUUCCUCGCAACCAAGACUGGGGAUGGCGGGGCAGCACCAGCCGGCUGCUCCAACGUCUAAGUAGGCAAAUGGGAUCUCAUGUAGGGUUUCCGAUGUGUAGCGAACGUCGGUUUCAUUUCUAAGGACAAAGAUCCGUCGGAUUCCUCGCUUCGAAUUCUAUUUUCAUUGAAAUUACUCGGGAGGACUUCCUCGUAUGUGUCAAUAAAUAAAGACAUUCAAGCGGAAAAAAAAAAAAAUUAAUCAAUGAUAGGGAGAAAAAAAAAAAAUGUGUAUUUAAGUUAUCGUUUAAGGAUUUUUCGAUGAUCAUUUAAAUAUAUUGUAUUUGAAUACCAUUCUAAAUAUUCUAACGAAGGUAGGGGAGACAUAGGAGACAGAAGUUUUUUCGUUCGAAUUAAUAAAAAACGAGAAGAAGUGACUAUCAACGUUCGAACGUGGACGAAUAAAAAUAUAAUGGAUACAGUAAACUAGGUGUGUACAUGCAUAUAUCAUGCAAUAAAUUAGGUAAUAAUUUUUAUAUGUAACAAUAAUAACGAGAUAACUUCAUUGUAAAUGGAAAUCGAUGAAACGAUGUUUCGGUCUUAUUUUAAUUUUUAUAUAUAUUAAUAAUCGAGAGAAUAUUCGAUAUUAAUUAAGGGGGAAAAAAAAAACGAGCGUACUAAAACACUGUGAUAACGAUUAAAAAAAAAAAAAAGGAAAAAAAAAAGAGAAAUGCUGAAACUCAUAUUAGGAACGAAUGAAUGCAGUUGACUCUUUUUCAUACGAUAAUACGAUUUUUUUUCUACGUUUAUUCUUCGCAAAGUUUAAGUGUAAUAACUAUUACAAGUGUCGAGUGUUAGGAAUAUCUAAUAAAUCAAGAAGUUCGAGUACUAGUUUUAUUUUCUUUUUUCAUUAUUUUAUAUAUUGUUUUUUUGUAAAAUGUACAUUUUUCGAGAGAUUAAUAAUUUGAUUGUUCAUCAUAAGUCCGAAUUCCUUUAUUUCGAACGUGCGAUGUGAUAACUAAAUAAAUAUAUAAAUAAUUAUAAAGAAAUAUAUAUAUAAAAUAUAUAUAUAUAUAUAUAUAUAUAUAUAUACAUAUACAUAUAUAUAAAUAUAUAUACGUAUACACGUAUACGUGUAUAUGCGAGAUCUUUAAACCGACGGAUCGUCAAGAAUGUAUAAUUGUUUAUUGUAUAACGACAAAUCUUACGUAGUAACGAUCGCGAGAACCCUAUUCUACUGUGUAAGUUUAGACAAUUUUCAUUGUAUUGACACAUACAUACCAAUCACCACACAUACACACAACACUGAUCUGUAGUCAACUCUAACAAAUAAGUGCACGUAAGCGAUGAUUAUAGCAACGAGAUAAUGUACAUAAUGUAUAUAAUCACGUAUUCGUUAAGCUAGAUAAAUUCCCUGCAUUAUAUCUUUCAACAUUACGUAAGAGCGUUAAGAUUUAGUAAAUGUACAGGCUGUCUUAUUUGUGUGGCCAACGAUAGUCGUAUCGCUACAUAUAUACAUAUUUAUGUAUAUAUUCUUAUUAGGGUGCAACGCAAUAUUUUACAGAAUAAUUCUAGAAAAAUUUCUUGUACAUUAAACAUAUACGGAAGAAAAAAAAAAAAGA